UUUAAUAUUCAUCAAUAUUUUUAGGCAAAGCAACCACCAUUCAGUGUUCAUAAAACCAGCGUCUUCUGAGUUUUCAUAAAAUAAAUAGAACGUGACCUUCAUCGCAAUUUUCUACUUCUCCUUCACUGUCACUAACUCGCUGUCAUUCUGCACUUCUCAUUUCCUCCAUAUGACUUCCAUAGCCUCUCCAUUUUGUACGUGCCUGGUUGCCACUUGGAGGAACCACCUGGUUGCCACUUGGAGGAAGCACCUUCCCAACUCCAACCUUGUGAAGCAUUGCAAUCUUGUGCCUCGUUCAGGUAAAGCGAUGGUUGUAGCUUUGCAACCUACUCAAGACGCUACAAUAAUGAGAAAACCUACAAAACACAGGCGAGUAGUUGUGACAGGCAUGAGUGUGGUUACACCACUUGGUCAUGAUCCUGAUGUCUUCUAUAGUAAUUUACUUGAGGGUGUUAGCGGGAUAAGCAAGAUUGAUACUUUUGACUGUGAAGAAUUUCCAACGAGAAUAGGUGGUGAGAUCAAGUCCUUUUCAACUGAUGGUUGGGUAGCACCAAAACUUUCAAAGAGGAUGGAUAAAUAUAUGUUGUAUUUGCUAACGGCAGGGAAAAAGGCCUUGGUGGAUGGUGGAAUUACUCAAGACAUAAUGGAUGAGUUAAAUAAACAAAAAUGUGGGAUUUUGAUUGGUUCAGCAAUGGGUGGCAUGCAGAUUUGUUAUGAUGCUGUUGAAGCUUUUCGAGUCUCAUAUAAGAGGAUUAAUCCUUUUACUAUACCCUUUGCAACAACAAAUAUGGGUUCUGCCAUACUCGCAAUGGAUCUGGGGUGGAUGGGCCCUAAUUAUUCAAUCUCUACAGCGUGUGCUACUAGUAAUUUUUGUAUAUUGAAUGCUGCAAACCAUAUCAUUAGAGGUGAAGCUGACUUGAUGCUUUGUGGUGGCUCAGAUGGUGCUAUUGUACCAAUUGGCCUAGGAGGCUUUGUGGCAUGUAGGACACUCUCACGGAGAAAUAGUGAUCCUUCUAAAGCUUCACGCCCUUGGGAUACUAAUCGUGAUGGAUUUGUCUUAGGAGAAGGUGCUGGUGUUUUGCUUUUGGAAGAAUUAGAGCACGCUAAGAAAAGAGGUGCAAAUAUAUAUGCAGAGUUCCUUGGUGGAAGUUUCACCUUUGAUGCUUAUCAUGUUACUCAACCACAUCCUAAUGAUGGGGUUGGUGUUAUUCUUUGCAUGGAAAAGGCAUUAAAUCAUUCUAGAAUAUCAAGGGAAGAUGUGAACUACAUAAAUGCACAUGCCACUUCUACACCAAUUGGAGAUCUAAAGGAGUAUAAGGCUCUAAUUCAUUGUUUUGGCCAAAAUCUUGAGCUAAGAGUGAAUUCAACGAAAUCUAUGAUCGGUCACCUACUAGGGGCAGCUGGUGGUGUGGAAGCCGUAGCAACAAUACAGGCAAUAAAGACAGGGUGGGUUCAUCCCAAUAUCAAUUUAGAAAACCCAGAUGAAGGAGUGAAUAACCAGACAAUGUAUUGGAUACUCACACUACUCCUUUGGUUGAACAAAAAUGAUUAUAGGGGGGAUUGCUUUCUUGGAUGAUCACUUAUGUUCAAAAACAUUGAAGUAAUCCUCUAGAAUCAAUAUUUCUAGACUUGUUUGUUCAAGGUUUUAGUGUCUAUAUAGUCAUUGAUGAAAAAUAACACUUGAUGGGACAUAGACAUUGUUUUAUUUCCAUGUACGAAAUGGCCAUAUAGUAGACACAACAAUUUUAAUGCUUAGAGUUAGAUAGCAUUUUCAUUUAAAUUUAUGCCAUUGAAUUUAAUGACAAUUUUGUCUUUUUC